AUGUGCUUUGACCUUAUUUUUACCAAAGCUUUUUACGAUAGCUCAGAUGCCAAGGUAAAACAAGACAGUAGUCCGAAUUUUGCUAGCACAGACCCUGCUCAAGUCAAUUCCGCAGUAGAGCCAGCUUUUAGUUGUUCAUCAGUCUAUAUGAACAACUUCUCGUGGAGAUGACUCAUAGCCGGCACACCUUGUGGAUACCAAUACUCAUAUGUCGGUUGGGCUUUGGGUAAAUUUCCAAUCAACCCUCAGUUCAAGAAGUAA